CAAGACUCAUGCGCCCCUCGCUGCGCGAAUCUCGAAGCAGCUCCUCUUUGAUGGAGGCGCCCUAGAAUUCCCCCCCCUUUCGAUCCGCAUAGUCCCCGUCCUCGAUUGCAUCCCGCGAACCCUAAGCCCCUCUCGGACGAUUCGCCGAGAGGAAAUCCACUUCGAUUCGCCUCCAUUCUUCGAUCCUUCGACCAAACCCUCGUUCUCCAUCUCGAGAGCUCUCUAAAGAUGCUCGGUUUGUGGCUUUCUGAUGGGCUUUGAGGCACCGUGGCGUAGGGUUUAAGGAGACGAUCAUGGCGUCGGAGGAGCUGGAUUUGGUCCAGCCGCGGAGGGUGGAGAACGGGUUGGGUUCGCGCAUGGUGUUCCAAGGCGACGCUUUUCCCUUCGCCCGCGGCGACGGAGACCAUGCCGUCGCGCGGAAGUCGCGUGCCGUGGGCGCCCCCGCAUCCGGGUUCGCCGUCGACGGCGAGAAGAUGUUCUCUGGCGAUCGAGACCCGCGAUUCUUUUCGAACCAGAGUUGGGGCGCCGUGAGGGAUGGGGGCUCGCCUAGUGGUGACGGAUCGGAUGGGGAAGAAGAGGACGAGGAGGAUGAUGGCGAUGACGAUGAUGAGGAUGUCGAUGAGGGGGAUGGCUUGGUGUCAGUGGACGAAGGCAAUUACAAAGCUAACAACAAUAGCAGCGGUAGUGUACAGAGUAGUUCGGAGAAGAUUCACGACGACAGGGCAAAUUCACAGGAGCGUCAUUCAUCUUUUGGAUUGAGUAGAGGAGUGGUGGUGAAGGAUGGGAAUGGAGGAAGAGGAAAUUUUGGGGAGCAGCAAUACCAGCAGGGUCGGAUGGAUGGUUACGAGAAUGCUAUUGCUGUCGUUGAUCCUCACCCAUACUCCACCCAUGCAAUACAUGGGGGAGAGGGAUCAAGUUUUGCACAGAAGGAGGUGGGAGGGGAGAAUGGAUGUGGGUUCAGUGGUAGAAGGGAAGUUGGGUUAACAGCUGGUUACUGGGAGUCUUUGAGGGCACACCUCUCAGAUCCAAUAACAGGUGCUCUCAUGGACGAUGCAAUAAUAUUAUCAUGCGGACAUUCUUUUGGAAGUACUGGAAUGCAGCAUGUAUAUAGAAUGAAAGCUUGUUUCAAAUGUGCUCAGCCAGUUUCAGAAGAUUCCGUCCGACCAAACUUGGCUCUUCGUUGUGCAAUUCAGGCUUUCCGCAGGGAAGAAGAGUCACAGUCAUCAAAAGCAUCCAAAAGAAGAAGAGAUAGGUUUGAACAAGACAAAUGUAGUUAUGUCGAUCCUUUUCCGGUAGAUUUUUCUCGGGGUAAAGGUGUUCAAUUUCCAUUUUCAGUUUCUGAUCGGGUUAUAAUCAAGGGAAACAAGAGGACACCACAGCGGUUUGUUGGACGUGUGGCAGUUGUGACAACACAGUGCUUAAAUGGAUGGUAUGUAGUGAAGACGUUGGACAACGCGGAGAGUGUCAAAUUGCAGUAUCGUUCUUUGACAAAGGUUAUGGAUGAUCAAGUGUCAAAUAUGAUCUCAAAUAAAGCUCAUGCGCCAAAUUGGCUCUAAUGCCAUGAUGUACAGAUGGAGUCAUGCAAAAUGUUGAACUGUUGCUGAGAAAUCUGAAAGCCCUAUUUGUUUUGUUAGUGAGACACAAUUAACCAUACAGCAUUCUGUACAACCAAACAAGUGACCUUGAUAAGUUGCUGUCCUGUCUUAUUGGCAAGUGCUCUAUGGUCGGGGUCUGAAAAGUAGGGUCAUAUAUAAAGAUGUACUCUUUUGUACCCGAAUAGUUAAAGCAAGUCUGGUAUCAUUUGGCCGUUUGGCCAAACUAUUUUGUAUCCAACUGAUUUGACAGAAACAAUAGAGUGUUGAUUUUCAGAUUGGCCAAAGA